CAUGGGCAACGUAGGAAGCCGACCUGACGAUGGUGCUCCCGUCUACUUCAAGGACCAGACGAGAUUCUCGAUCGCAAACGUCAACAUCACAAACUCGCGUGGUCGCACCCUCGUCUCGCUUAGUCCCAACUCGUUUCCUGCCACGCGCUACCACGCAAGGCGCGACACUGGCGACAACACUCCUGUCGACUACGUCCAGUUCCAUAACUUCUUUAGACAUGCGCUGACCCCAGAAAGGNACCCCGAACCCUCUUCCAUCAUCUCUCCGUCUUUCCUCUUACGCCUGGCCAACGAUGAGGAGCUUACUUUCACCUUCACAUGCGUCCUGCGUCAAUCGAACUCGGCUCCGACCAAUGUAAUCGGCGAUCAUAUCGUUGCUCCUACUGGUAUACCAUCCUCAGAUACCCAGUUGUGCGGCCUGACCUACGUCUUUGGCUCGAGUACAAAAGAGAUCGAUCAGCUCGUCACACGCGAGUUCCACGCCGACCCCAACCUGCACAAGAACCCCAAUGUCGAACUUGUGGGCGACUACAACACAGGUGGUGUAGCAUCCGUACAGUUUCAGUGGUCCUGGAAGUGGAGGCCCCCAAAGCAAUCCGAAGACCACGGCGGAGGCUGGCGCAAUACCUGCAGUAUUGUGGCAGNNUUUGUCGAGUACAACUCGCGCGCCCAUCGUCUCGAGACGCUAGCCAGCUUCUCUUUUUGGGUCACGAGUACGCCAUCCUUUCUCCUGCCCUUAGCUGUGUUCAUUCUAACAUUCCUUCAGNAUACGCAGCGCUGGUUGAACUCACCCACCUUGUCCCCUCCCAGGCUUAGAGUGCCAUCUGCCCAAUCCAUCGAGUCCAGAGUUAGCGCCGUCAGUGAUUCCGACGGCGGCGAUCCUAAGGACUCUCGAGACUACCGCGACUUCCGCGAGCCUUCCCGCGAGCCUUCAUCACCCAUGAUCGAAGCCAUUCCAGAGUACGGUCUUGGACUGGUCCCUUCAAAUGGAGCCUCCUUGCCUACUCCCAGAGUCGACAUCAGUUGUGUCGGUCGUCCAGCCGAGGAUGCUAGUACCAGCGAAGACGGUCCUGUCUUCAGAGCCACAAUGCGAGCCCUGGAGCAAAAAACCGGCACAAUGAGAUCUCGUAUGAAGAGAGUCUUGAGAGCUGCCGAGGCCGCACAAGCCGCCCAAACUGCCUGUAACGACGCCCACUCUGCUUUUAUGGACGCGCUUAGGGAAGCUUCCAAUUCAAACGCAAAUGCUGUCCGUCCCGCCCUCGAGCAUUACUUCGAUUCAAUUGCUAGAGAGAUUCUGCUUUACGAACGCCAAAACAACGCAAAUCUCCAAAAACUCAUCAUUGAACCCAUCAACAAGCUCUAUAGUCUCGACAUCAAGCAAGCAGAGUCCAAAAGACGAGACUUUGACGAAGAAAGUAAGGACUAUUACGCCUAUGUCAGCAAAUACCUUGGCCAGCGCUCCGAAUCACUCAAAGAGAAGAAGCGUGUCGAGAGUGAUGCCAAAUACCAAGCCAAGCGACGAACCUUUGAGCUGAAGCGUUUCGACUAUUCCUCCUUCAUGCACGACCUGAAUGGUGGUCGCAAAGAGCAAGAAGUGCUAUCUCAGCUCACAAAGUAUGCAUCUGCACAGGCUCGAGGGUAUCUUACCACGGCCAAANAAGUCGAAGAGAUGUUGCCACAGUUGGAAGCUCUGACUCGCGAAGUUUCGAAUGCCGAUAUGGAGUUCCAGAUGCAACGUACGGAACGUGAGGAGAAGCGACGAGCACUGGAGACCAACAGUGCCAAAUCACCUGAAAUGGAGAGUCCGCCCUCGAUCUUCAAUGGCUCAACUGCCACUCAUAUCGAUCGUGCGAUGAGCAUUAUAUCAGCACCGCGUAAUUCGAUAAUGUCGACAUCUCCCUCGGCACCCAAUGGCUUCCCGUCUAGCAUCAUCUCCCCCCCUGGCUCUAGCUCCAAUGGCCCGUUGCCUGUUAGGAACACGAGCAACAAGUUCAAGGGUAUCAGGGACCUAGAAGAGAAAGACAAUUCUGCCUCUGCCGUUGCUGGUGCAGGCCAGAUCAAGAAGGAGGGACUGUUGUGGUCUUUGAGCCGACCUGGCAGUCAUGUGGAUCCUAUCAUGAACAAAGCUGGGUGGCACAAGCUGGAUCUCCACAUGGAUCCCAUCGACUUGCGAGUCGCAUCUGUGAGAGAAGCACGCAACGCCGACAGGCGGUUCUGUUUCGAGGUCAUCACGCCACAAUACACUCGCGUCUAUCAAGCUCCCUCGGAAGAGGAUAUGAAAUCGUGGAUUGGCUCGAUCAACAAUGCCCUUCAGAGUGCCUUCGAAUCUAGACCAUCUACCAGCGCGCUAAGCGCUGAAAAGGUCACCUCUACGCGGAACACCAUCGCUGCAGUCUUGACCGGAAAGACUACACCGUUCUCCUCUCAACGAGCGUCCACCAAUGCAACCUCAUCGUAUAUCAGUUCUUCGAGCAAGAUCGUCUCGCGUCAUGCAACAACGGGUGAUAAACCUACUUACAUGAAGCCUGAUAAUGAAACGCCGUCAGCACUCUUGAACCAGAUACGGGAAGCUGAUGCUGGCAACAAAUACUGCGCUGAUUGCAAUUCCGAUCAGAAGGUCGAAUGGGUGUCAAUCAACCUUGGCAUAAUCCUGUGUAUCGAGUGCAGUGGUAUUCACAGAUCUUUGGGCACGCACAUCUCCAAAGUGCGAUCUUUGACUCUCGAUACCUCGGCAUUCACACCAGAUAUCAUUGAGCUACUUAUGCUGGUUGGCAACCGUGUUAGCAACAUGGUUUGGGAGGCCAAGCUCGAUGCGUUCCUCAAACCGGGUCCUAACGUGACCAGAGAGCAACGUCUACACUUCAUCACGGGCAAGUACAGCGACAGGUUGUACGUUCAAGGCUCCACAGAUGCCAUGGCACACUUCAAGAGUCCAGAAGAUACGUUGCUAGUCAGCAUCAAACAGAACAACAUACAGCAAGUAUUGUAUGCUCUCGCAUUGCGAGCGAACCCCAAUGCUGCAGACCGUUCGAGAGGGACACACGCAGUGUUCCUUGCUCUGGCAGCUGCAGACCCUGCGUCCCCAUCCAGCUCGUUUGUGCAGCAACGCAGUGGCUCAUCAACGCUAUCAUCACCAGCGUUGGAUCCAUUGGCACCACCUUCACGCCCAACCACGCCUACCCCUCUAAGGAAGCCUUUCCCCGUUGCCGAGCUUUUGCUCCAGAACGGAGCAGAGAUUCCGACACAACCUGCGCCUAUACCCUUGUCACGAGCCGCACAACAGUACAUUGAGUUCAAGAUUGACCAGAAAACUGGGAGACACUUGGGACUGGGCGUCAAAGACUCUGCAGGUGAUGUGCUUUCGGCAUUGCCAAGUGAGAAACACAGUCCCAACGAUCGCGACAGUCGAUUGAUCAAGCGGCAAAGCACCGGAUCUAGGAGUGGCAGGGACGGCAGUAUAGGGAGAAGG